CUGCAGACACUCCGACGAUGAGCGGGUGGCGGUGGCUGGUGCUGCUGUGGCGGCGCUGACAGGACGCGAGCUCUAUGCCUUUCCGGCUGCUCGUCUCGGUUGGCCUCCUGUGCGCGCUGUUGCCCCUGCACCAUGGUGCGCCGGGCCCCGACGGCACCGCGCCCGACCCCGCCCACUACAGGGAGCGUGUCAAGGCCAUGUUCUACCACGCCUACGACAGCUACCUGGAGAAUGCCUUUCCCUACGACGAGCUGCGACCUCUCACCUGUGACGGGCACGACACCUGGGGCAGUUUUUCUCUGACUCUAAUCGAUGCUCUGGACACCUUGCUGAUUUUGGGGAAUGUUACUGAAUUCCAAAGAGUGGUUGAAGUGCUCCAGGACAACGUGGACUUUGACAUUGAUGUGAAUGCCUCUGUGUUUGAAACCAACAUCCGAGUGGUAGGAGGACUUCUCUCUGCUCACCUGCUGUCAAAGAAGGCUGGGGUGGAGGUGGAAGCUGGAUGGCCCUGCUCUGGACCUCUCCUGAGGAUGGCUGAAGAGGCAGCCCGGAAACUCCUCCCAGCCUUUCAGACGCCUACUGGCAUGCCAUAUGGAACGGUGAACCUGCUUCAUGGUGUGAACCCAGGAGAGACCCCCGUCACCUGUACAGCAGGGAUUGGGACGUUCAUCGUGGAAUUUGCCACCCUGAGCAGCCUCACUGGUGACCCUGUGUUUGAAGAUGUGGCCAGAGUGGCCCUGAUGCGCCUUUGGGAGAGCCGGUCAGAUAUUGGGCUGGUCGGCAACCACAUUGACGUGCUCACUGGCAAAUGGGUGGCCCAGGAUGCAGGCAUCGGGGCUGGUGUGGACUCCUACUUUGAGUACCUGGUGAAAGGAGCCAUCCUACUUCAGGAUAAGAAGCUCAUGGCCAUGUUUCUAGAAUAUAACAAAGCCAUUCGGAAUUACACCCGCUUUGAUGAUUGGUACCUGUGGGUACAAAUGUAUAAGGGGACUGUGUCCAUGCCUGUCUUCCAGUCCUUGGAGGCCUACUGGCCUGGUCUUCAGAGCCUCAUUGGGGACAUUGACAAUGCCAUGAGGACCUUCCUUAACUACUAUACUGUCUGGAAGCAGUUUGGGGGACUCCCGGAAUUCUACAACAUUCCUCAGGGUUACACAGUGGAGAAGCGAGAAGGCUACCCACUUCGGCCAGAACUCAUCGAGAGUGCCAUGUACCUCUACCGUGCGACAGGGGAUCCCACCCUCUUAGAACUUGGAAGAGAUGCUGUGGAAUCCAUUGAAAAGAUCAGCAAGGUGGAGUGUGGAUUUGCAACAUUCACUGAGAGUUUUUUGACGGAGAGAGACAAACAAUCCAAAUGGAGUGGAAUUCCUCAACUGCUCCUUAAGCUAUAUGCAACUAGCCACCUCCACAGUGACUUCGUCGAGUGCCAAAACAUCCUCAAGGAAAUUUCUCCUCUUCUCUCCAUGGAGGCUAUGGCAUUUGUUACUGAAGAGAGGAAGCUUACCCAAGAAACCACUUACCCAAAUACUUAUAUUUUUGACUUGUUUGGAGGUGUUGAUCUCCUUGUAGAAAUUCUUAUGAGGCCUACAAUCUCUAUCCGAAGUCAGAAACUGAAAAUAAGUGACGAAAUGUCCAAGGACUGUUUGAGCAUCCUGUAUAAUACCUGUGUCUGUACUGAAGGAGUUACAAAGCGUUUGGCAGAAAAGAAUGACUUUGUGAUCUUCCUAUUUACACUGAUGACGAGUAAGAAGACAUUCUUACAGACAGCAACCCUUAUUGAAGACAUUUUGGGUGUUAAAAAGGAAAUGAUCCGACUAGACGAAGUCCCCAAUCUAAGUUCCUUAGUAUCCAAUUUUGAUCAGCAACAGCUUGCUAAUUUCUGCCGGAUUCUGGCUGUCACCAUUUCAGAGAUGGAUACUGGGAAUGAUGACAAGCAUACACUUCUUGCCAAAAAUGCUCAGCAGAAGAAGAGCUUGAGCUUGGGGCCUUCUGCAGCUGAAAUCAACCAAGCGGCCCUUCUCAGCAUCCCUGGCUUUGUUGAGAGGCUUUGCAAACUGGCAACUCGAAAGGUAUCAGAAUCAACGGGCACAGCCAGCUUCCUUCAGGAGUUGGAGGAGUGGUACACGUGGCUAGACAAUGCUUUGGUGUUAGAUGCCCUGAUGCGAGUGGCUAAUGAGGAAUCCGAGCAUAAUCAAGCCUCCAUUGUGUUCCAUCCUCCAGGGGCUUCUGAGGAGAAUGGCCUGCCUCACACUUCAACUAGGACUCAGCUACCCCAGUCAAUGAAGAUAAUGCAUGAGAUCAUGUACAAACUGGAAGUGCUGUAUGUUCUCUGCGUGCUACUGAUGGGGCGUCAGCGAAACCAGGUUCACAGAAUGAUUGCAGAGUUCAAGUUGAUCCCUGGACUCAAUAAUUUGUUUGACAAGUUGAUUUGGAGGAAGCAUUCAGCAUCUACCCUUGUCCUCCAUGGUCACAACCAGAACUGUGACUGUAGUCCGGACAUCACCUUGAAGAUUCAGUUUUUGAGGCUUCUCCAGAGUUUCAGCGACCACCACGAGAACAAGUACCUGCUGCUCAACAACCAGGAGCUGAAUGAACUCAGUGCCAUCUCUCUCAAGGCCAAUAUCCCUGAAGUAGAAGCUGUCCUUAAUACUGACAGGAGUUUGGUCUGUGAUGGGAAAAGGGGCUUAUUAACUCGUCUGCUGCAGGUCAUGAAGAAGGAACCAGCCGAGUCAUCAUUCAGGUUUUGGCAAGCCCGGGCUGUGGAGAGUUUCCUCCGAGGGACCACCUCCUAUGCAGACCAGAUGUUCCUGCUGAAGCGAGGCCUUCUGGAGCACAUCCUGUACUGCAUUGUGGACAGCGAGUGCAAGUCGAGGGAUGUGCUGCAGAGUUACUUUGACCUCCUGGGGGAGCUGAUGAAAUUCAACGUUGAUGCAUUCAAGAGAUUUAAUAAGUACAUCAACACUGAUGCAAAGUUCCAGGUGUUCCUGAAACAGAUUAACAGCUCGCUGGUGGACUCCAACAUGCUGGUGCGCUGCGUCACUCUGUCACUGGACCGGUUUGAAAACCAGGUGGACAUGAAAGUGGCCGAGGUCCUGUCCGAGUGCCGCCUCCUUGCCUACAUAUCCCAGGUGCCCACACAGAUGUCCUUCCUCUUCCGCCUCAUCAACAUCAUCCACGUGCAGACGCUGACCCAGGAGAACGUCAGCUGCCUCAACACCAGCCUGGUGAUCCUGAUGCUGGCCCGACGGAAAGAACGGCUGCCCCUGUACCUGCGGCUGCUGCAGCGGAUGGAACACAGCAAGAAAUACCCCGGCUUCCUGCUCAACAACUUCCACAACCUGCUGCGUUUUUGGCAGCAACAUUACCUGCACAAGGACAAGGAUAGCACCUGCCUGGAGAACAGCUCCUGCAUCAGCUUCUCAUACUGGAAAGAGACUGUGUCCAUCCUGUUGAACCCAGACCGCCAGUCACCCUCCGCUCUUGUCAGCUACAUUGAGGAACCCUACAUGGACAUAGACAGGGACUUCACUGAGGAGUGACCUUGGGCUUGGCCUUGGGAGGCUGCUGGGCCAGGGCCAGAGCGGGUGAGCGUGGGUACGCGUGCCACACGCCUGGCCCUGUCCCCUCCUGUCCCCUGCCUCCCUGCUGCUCUCGGCCUACCGCAGGUCUUCAGGUACAGGCUUGGCAGGAGGGAGCAUCUAGAAUCCCUUGGCCCCUGGGUCUGAGGGCACCAGGUCAUUGGGAACCUUAGUUCCUUCAAGAUGAGGAUGGGGCAUUAUGCCUAUCCCUCCUUCAGAACCCUGGACCCUGGCCCAUCCAGCGGUAAGGGGAUUUUUAAAAAUAGCUCUGUAUGAGCUCCUGCCCAGUCUCUUGGCCGUCAGUCCUGGGUUGGGGAGGGAUAUAUGCCCCCCCCCUUCUGUGAGCCAAGCUUGCCCUGGCCUUUGGACCCAGACAAAGGCUUCUGAGCCCCUGGGCAGGAGUGGGGGAUACCAGAGAAUGCUACCUUCCCCCAAGCCUGCCCUUUGGUCCCUCCCUCCCUCAUUUCCCCUUCAGCUCCUCUGGUUCUCUUUGCUCAUUGGCCUCUGUGUUCAUCCCAGGGGGUUUCCCCAAAAAUUGAGGACCUUUCCCUUCCAUCCUUGGGGCAUGGGGUGGCUGUGCCUGCCCCAGGUCUGCAUUGUCUCCUGCCUGAGCCCAGACACACAGGAGCCUGGCUGGGCGCACCCCCUCGGACCCUUCUCCUGUUACCAGUUUAUUAACAACAAAUAAACAAGUUAAAUGGAGGCUAUUAAAAAGAACUUUAUUUUAAAUGAUUGAUGUGGACCUGACUUUUGUCCAUGGGACCGUGAGCUCUCCCUUGCCCUCCUGAGCCGAACAAAGAAGGAGGAAGCCAGCUGGAGCUGCAGCCAUGGCAUUUGUUCAGGGUAUAGAAGCCUUGGGGGUGCUGAGGCACAGCAAAUGAGGACAUCUCAGCUGGAGGAAGGUGAGUAGCAAACAGCAGGCGUACUUCUCAGAGCCGGGGUG